AACUUACUUGCAGUUAUAAUGAAUAUCGCUGAUCCCAACAGCGACCAUACGGGCCUACACUCGAUAUAGUUUUUGUUUUUCGACAAGAACAUGUUGAGCAAGUGAACAAAUCCUUGUCAGAAAUUAUAGUAUUUGAAUGACAGUGUUUUUGAGGAUUUUCGUGUGAAUGCUGUGAAACUACGAAAAAUUUAUACCACCUUUCCGAAGUGACAAUGAUUAAGUUGUUUUCUUUGAAACAGCAGAAAAAGGACGGAGAAGCAGCCCCCAAAUCAGGGACUCAAAAGAAAGCUUCCGCCGCGCAAUUAAGAAUAACUAAAGAUAUAAAUGAACUUAAUCUUCCAAAAACCUGCAAUACCGAGUUCCCAGAUCCGGAUGACUUACUCACGUUCAAGCUUAUUAUAUGCCCCGAUGAGGGCUUCUAUCGGGGAGGAAAAUUUGUAUUUAGCUUUAAAGUAGGUCCUAACUAUCCUCAUGAGCCACCUAAAGUGAAAUGUGAAACUCCAGUAUAUCAUCCGAACAUUGACUUGGAAGGGAAUGUUUGCCUUAACAUUUUGCGAGAAGAUUGGAAGCCAGUGUUAACUAUUAAUUCUAUUGUUUAUGGACUACAGUAUUUGUUUUUAGAGCCUAAUCCAGAAGACCCACUUAACAAAGAGGCUGCUGAAAUGCUGCAGAACAACAGACGUAUUUUUGAACAGAAUGUGCAGAAAGCAAUGAGAGGUGGUUAUGUUGGUUCUGUAUACUUUGAAAGGUGUUUGAAAUGAAAAACUGUGAAUGGAACACACAACUUUUUUUUCUGAAGAAAGAUGUGACCUAUGGUCUAGCAACAUGGGUUUGAUUAAAGUAUUAUUUAAGCCAGCACAUUAUAAUGCUUCGGUCAGACAGGUCACUUGCUUGAGAGAGUUUUUAUUUAAACCAGCUUUCAGUACGAACUCUGAAGUUUCUUCCAUUUGUUAAAUAACCAUAUUCAUUGACAGGAACAAGUCCAAAUUUUUGAAAGUGAGGUGUAGUGUGUGUGUGUGUGUGUGUAUGUGUGUGUGUGUGUGUGUGUGUGUGUGUUAUCCAUAAAAUCUGUUCUGUGACUUAUUUUGUCCACACAAUUUUUUAAAAAGGUUUUUGUUUUUGCCAUUUAAAAGAUUAAUUUUUAACCCACAUUUAAAAUGCAUUGAAAUGGAAUUUAGCUUUAUUACAGUCAUUGUUGUAACAUUUUGCCAAAUAGAACAAAUGUAAGCUCGAACUCAUUUCAAUAAAGUAUAUCUCAAAAAGUGUGAAUUAAACAGUUGGUAACUGUUCUUGAAGAUUAGUUGAUUUAUACAGUGUCCUGUAAAUUCCUUUCUAAAUAAUAGGCUGACAGUGAGGAAUUGCAAAAUAUAUUUGAUACCAUUGAUCAGAUUGUGUUGCAUCAAUUUUUGUUAGUGUGGAAAAAAAAUCACCUUCUGCAAAUAAAUGGAUCAUACAAACUCA